UUUCGAGGGAUAAUGUUUGUCGGAGAACAUGACUUCGAAGGUGCUGGGAGUGGUCGGGGUGAGGGAGAGCAAGAAGGAUGCUAGCUCGAGUGAUCCGCCGAGUCGUUCCUCGCGCGGUUCGUCCUGCGGUCGCGACAAACGUUGAAUUUGACAACACUACCCCCCGUUUCCUUCAACUUCCACUCCUCCCUGCCAAGAUCCCACUACUCCCUCGAGUUCUCCAGCGGCUGAGUUUCCUCGAUCCAUUCUUACGACUCAACGUCCUCCGCAGUCAAUUGAAGUAUGCGUUGAGCGUACUGGAUGUACCCUUGCCGAAUGAGACAUCGAAUCGCUCCUCUCCGAUUGCAUUCGACCUCCAGGCGUUGCUCGCAGAGCGUCCCCAAUUGCCUGGAAAUGAGCUUCAGCAAGAAUACGAGUUUGACAGGCGUCCGGCCGUCGAAGAGGUUGCGAUAGCGCGGUAUGUCGCGCUGGGACAGCACUUGUAUCAGUCCAUGAUGUGGACCACUCAUCCUUUGGCGUGGCAUGCAGUUGGUCAGCGUUGCGCGUAGGUAGUCAUGGCAUUUAACGACAACUGAGUAAGGCAUCAUCAGCCACUUAAC